CCACGCUCCCAUUUUGUAUCCAGCGCUCAGCUAAUCCACCUUCCAUAAAUUCACCGGCUCUGUUGGCCUACCGCCGGCUUGCAGAAAUAGGCCCUCUUUGCUUUCAUCCCAUUGCAGCCAUCACGUCUCGCCGACGUCGGGCGCAAUCAGAGCAAUGGUGACCGCUCCCGCAGUACCAGAGAUCUAUGAAGAUGAACUCCUUUCUUCGAUUGAGGCUCGCGCCGAGUCCCUACAGAGUCUGCGUGAGCUAGGCCCACCCGACCUCGUCCACCUUAUCAAACAGCCCAUCAAAUCACCCAACAAACAGGUUGGAGUCUACCAUCAUGUUACGGGAAUAGACGCCUCAUCCUCUGCGAGUCUAGCUGCGUACAUAAACACCCUCACCUACUCCCCCCACGAUAAACAACACAAGGUCGUCUCUGGUCUAUACUGCUGUUACAAUGCGUUCUCCAGGUUGGACAUGCGCGUCCAGGUCUAUAUUCCAGGAACCGUGGAGAGUUACUGCAUAGACGAACGUGGAGAGAAACGAGUGGCAACCGAUGAUUUGUGGCUGGAGACGUACCUGUGCAGCGUGCUUCGCGCGUAUUCGUAUGCAGACGAUGGUUCCGGAGACACAAUAAAGAAAAUCGUGGGCGUGCGAAGAUUCAAUCCCAUAACCACUACAGAGAGCGAACACAAGUUCCUAGAGGCCGCUGAACGGUUAUUCUUUAAUGGAUGGCAGCUUGGAUCCGAUCCCGAGAUUCAAGUGCCCAAUCUUGUCUCCAAUCAUCUUACCACGGGACUCUUGAAUUACAUCCAUACCACCGGCAGAUAUGCCUCCGGAAUCAACCUAUUCGAGAAGCUGCGGACCCGGGAUACGGAGAUCUCGUCACUUCUUGCCCGUGUCUACAUUGAGGCUGACGAGGAAGUCAAGGCCGUCCAACUAUUGCAUGACGCAAUACAAGAGCUUCCGAUGGACUACUCCCUGCUGGACUGCCAGGCCGACUUCUGCAACAAGAAGGGUCGUAGCGACCUGGCACUCGAGAUCGCCAAAAGGAGUGUCAUAUCUGCACCGAGUGAGUUCGGCACCUGGGCGAGACUGGCGGAAAUCUACGUCAGCCUUGAGCAGUGGGAUCUCGCGCUUCUGACAUUGAACUCCUGUCCAAUGUUUACGUACCAAGAUAAGGACGCUCCGCGGAUGCCGGAACCCCAGAAAGUCUUCUUGCCCAUCAUGCCUGAGGCUAUGUGCGAUGAGAUUGAAGACGCUAAUAUGGAUGAUAUGGAACUCGUGCAUCCAACGUUGCGUAAACUGCAUGCCGCAGGAUUCAAGGGCACCUUUCUGAAAGCAUACAAUCUGCUCACCGAGAUAACGAAGAAGAUCGGUUGGGAUCAGCUCCUCCGUGUACGUAGCCAAGUGUUUGUUAUGGAAGAGGAGUACCGGCACGAAAAGCAGCACGUCACGCAGAAUCCCAACGCCAGCACAACCGCCCUGCGCUCCUCCACCCCUACCACCAAUGGCCAUGGCGAGCCUGAGGAGGUCUCCGGGUCGGAAGAUGGCACUAAAGUCGACAAAGAAGCUUCGUCUGCAGCAGCAGGCGAAUCAAUAGAAAAACCCGGCCACACGGUCGCUUCCGAAGUCGUCAAAGCCGGCGGCAGCGACGAACCCGAAUCCACCCCCAACUACACGCACUUCCACAACAAGCGGCUCUGCGAACGCUGGCUCGACAACCUCUUCAUGGUCCUCUACGAGGACCUCCGCGUGUACACGAUCUGGCGAACCGAGAUGGCGCAGUGCCGCCAACAGCAGCUCGUGUACAAGAAGUCGCCCGAGGAGUGGGAGAUUCUGGGUGAGUUGGCGGAGAGACUGCACCAUCUGGAUGAAGCGGUAGAGGCCUACGAGAACUGUCUCCAAGUGCGGUUCAGCCCGAAGGCGAUGAAGGGGGUGCUUAAGCUGGGGGAAAGGAGGCAUGAUAUCAGGGAGGUGUGUGGCGCGUUGAUCAAGCUGGUUACGUGGCAGUAUCGGUGGUAUUCAGAGUUCUCGCCGUCUCUACUGUAUACCAUCCGGAAACUCAUCGAGGAGGAAGGCGCGGUCAAGAUCCGGAGUAUCAUUCAGGGAACGAGCUUGCCACAGCAUGUGCUGGACCUGACGCAUCAGUAUGCAGCACUCUGUGCGGCGUUCAGGAGUAGUGGAAGCGAUGGUUGAAUGAGUGACUAAGUGUUGAGAUGCAUAUUAGAGAAGGGCAUCGCGGCCUCAUAUUCUGAUUUGAUGGCUUUCGCAAGGAGGUGAUACCACUUUUAUGUCACAGAUACUAAUAGCAUGCUGUUUGCCGUAUUCUCUCUGUAUUCUUGGCAAUGGUGAGCGAAUAAUGAACAUGGAUUCUGGAA